AUGUUUUGGCAAAAGCCACUUAUCCUCCUGGGAUUGCUUGCUGCUGUUGGCAGCACAGCACCCGUCGCGCCCCUCGAACCCCUCGAUGGGGAUUUCGAGGACAUCGAGAACGUCACCUCCCAUCACUUCGAGAAACGUAUCAACGAAGGCGUCAAAUACGUUUGGCGAACCGAUGCCCGUCCUCCUAGUGUACUCAAGGCCUCGAGAGGUUUCCAGACAAAAGGCCACAGCAACCAUUUGAUGGAAGACCUUAGUCUCUUCAGGCAUUGCAAGGGCGGUAAAGAUGGUGCCAGUGUAGACAACGACGGCUUCGUUUCUACAACGUGGAAGUACUCAGUGGCCGAAGGCUGGGUCACCAAAUUCCACAAAGGCAAUGCCUACAUUUACAAGAUCGCGACUGACGAAGGGCUCAUCGAUGUUCAAGCCACUUUGAAACAUUACAGCCCUUACCCCCAUGAGCUGGAGUUCGCCGCCAUCGAUGAAAUUCCGUGGAAACAGGUUCAAGGCUGGCACAGGUUUACCUCCGAUCACAAGGGAGGAACCAUCGAGCACCCAUACGAGUAUAACAAAGACUUCAGUCAGUCCAUGUACGGUGGACAGCCCCACGGUGGCGCCCAAUUUCCCCUCGCUGGCUUUCCCACCAACCAUCCCGCUUGGAGCCAAUUGCCUUGGGCUCGCUAUGCAAAGUGCAAGCCCAGAGCUCCCAGCAAGCGCGCUGAAGAGAUCUUCGCUAACGAGUCGCCUUCCGGCCUUGACAUCGACGAGGACGACAUGACUAUUGCAGCUCCUCUUGAAGCCCGCAAGUCGCGCGGCUCCUCUCGCACAUCUAGGAAGAGGCCCUCGUCUACACGCAAGAGGCCCACAAAGAAGCCUACCAAGAAGCCGACAAAGAAACCCACUAAGAAGCCUACUAAGAAGCCUACCAAGAAGCCUACGACCAAGUGCACUGCUGCGAUGAAGAAGGCCGGAAAGUGCAAGACCACCUCCACCACCAAGUGCACGGCCGCCAUGAAGAAGGCUGGCAAGUGCAAGACCACUACUCCUAAGUGCACGGCUGCGAUGAAGAAGGCUGGCAAGUGCAAGACCACCACCACGUGUACCGCCGCCCAGAAGAAGGCCAAUGGCGGUAAGUGCCCGGCCAAGGCUACAUGCACAGCGGCAGAGAAGAAGAAGAACGGUGGCAAGUGCCCGGCCAAGGCUACAUGCACACCUGGACAGAAGAAGGCGAACGGUGGCAAGUGCCCGACCUGCACAGCGGCAGAGAAGAAGGCGAACGGUGGCGAGUGCCCAGUAUGCACAGCCGCAGAGAAGAAGAAGAACGGCGGCAAGUGCCCGGCGAAGAAGGGCGACUGUGGCCCCGACAAGCCGAACAAGUCCCGCUACCAGGAGUACCUCAAGGCUGUCAAGAUGAAGAAGGGUGGAAAGAAGAUGAAGUGGUCUGAGGCUAGCACUGGUACGACGGGCGGCAAGGGCAGCAAGUCCGGCAGCAAAACUCAUGCUUAG